AUGGGACAUUGGCAAAGUAUCUUGCUUGUUCUUGCUUUAUCAAUGGCAAUUGUACAUUUAUCUCACGCACAUAGCGAACCAGAUGACUUCGUCCAUGCCCAUAGUUGUAUUAGAAGACUAUUCGAAUUGCCUCAAUUAUGUUGGGACGCUGAAUUGGCUAAAGCUGCGGAGGCGUGGGCCAAUCAAAGGAGGGAUUGCAAGAUGAUACCCUCCGGUAGGUGCGGUGAAAACAUGGCAUCUGGGCCAAACAUCAAUGGUUCAUUUGCGGUGCAAAUGUGGGUUGAUGAGAAACCGAAUUAUGACUACAAGGAAAACAAGUGCACAACAAAUGUUUGUGGUCAUUAUACUCAAGUAGUUUGGAGAAAUACUGAACGUGUUGGAUGUGCUAGAGUUAAAUGUGACCCUCCCGACAAUCCUUGCUACAUGGUUGUUUGCAAUUACGACCCUCCAGGGAACGUUGCUGGCGAGCAUCCUUUUUAG